AAGAUCACGCUCGCGUUGAACUGAGGCUGCGCAGGAGCUUUGGGAACAGUUCGUCAAGCGCGGGACACCUGGGCACGGUGGGAAAACUCUGCUUUUAAUGAUGCCCAUAAGCCGAUUGGAAAGAAACGACAAAAAGCACGUGUUGACUUCUCCACUUCCGCCCUCAGUCUAUUGAGCUUCACUGCCCACUGUAACCGUAAGAACAAAGCGGUGCACGCUGGGAUAAAAAAAAUGCUGAACUGAGGCUGCGCACGAGCUUUCGGAUCAUUUCGUCAAGCGUCGGAGACCUGGGCACGGUGGGUAUAAAUCGUGCAGGUCACAUGAGCGAGGGGAGCCUAUUACCGGUGCAAUGCCUGAGAUUGUCAGGUCACCUCUCCCCCGAGACCCUGUGAGACAUGAAGCCCCCCUCACGCAGGCGUUCAGCUCCAGUCAGGUAUGAAAUCAGUGGCCUGGGCCCGACCCUGAGACGCCCCCCUCCCCAGCGCUUGGCCUGGACCUUCAGAGAGAAACACGAGUUGCUCAAGGGCCUCAAGUUCCACAAGGACAAACAGGAGCCUGAGAUACUUGUCCAGGGCCGGAGCCAGUCAGAGGUUGCCGCGUACAUUUCCUGGCUGCGAGGACGCGCUGCACGGGAGGCCAUACAGACGGAAUAUGAACGUUGGGUGCAUAAGAGGAGAUCUACCUGUAAUCAAAGUCCGGCUCCUAUUGAUCUGUGGACAGAUAUGGCAAGUACCGUGUCGGAACCUGUAGAAGAAACUUUAACAGCAGCUUUCUCCCAGAUGUUGACGAUUGCAGCCACAGAGCCCAUCAGCCUCAAACACUCGAUCCCUAGCAGGUUGCCUGGGGGGGAAACCCAGCCUGCACCUCCAAAUGAACAUGGAAAAUCUCAGGGUUCAGCCGAAAAUAGUCAGAGAAAGGAACCCCAAGCGGAGGCAUCCGGCCUUUCAGCUUCUCAGUCCUCUUUGCCGGCAGAUGAUGCCGAAGAUCAGUGGACCGGGCUGGACUUUGAGAAGAUUUACAAGUACCUGUCGAAAGCUGCAAAAGGGGAGGAGCUGCCGAUAAUCUCCAGUAUGGAAUCUGCCGUACUUCUCUGUCUCCUUCACUCGCUCCCAGACCAAGUACAUGUGCUUGAUUGGCAACCUCUUGCUUCUUUCCUACGUAAAGCCUACUGGAGCCUCAACUCAAUGGCACAAUCCUCCGACCCUACAACGCAGGAGAGUCCCAGUGAUGGGCAGGAGGAUUCAUUCAAUGACCCGCCCAGUUCAAUGGGCCACCAGUCCAAUCAGAGCGCAGUCGGUGACCAUUUGGGAGAGAAUCCGCCAAAUGAUAAGGAGAACUCAGUAGAUGCAGCGAAUGACAAGUCCAAUGAGGACAAUCUAUCAACUCCCAAUACUCCAUUGGAUGAUCAACAUGCUCAGGAAAAUCCAUUGUGUGACCAGCCCCCUCAAGAGAAUCCACUGGCUAAAAAAUCCACAGGGAAGGACCUUUCUGCUUCCAAUAAUUCAGAGGGGAUCCCAACCAAUCAGAAUACAGCGGAGGACCAAGCCAGCCCUAAAUGGAAUGAAUUAAAGUUCUGUCCCUUAAAUCCUUUCUUGAUCCCUUUGGAUCUCUUGAAGCAGAAGGAGAAUUAAGCCUAUGGUGGUGCCCCUUUCUGAAAACAUUCCCUCUAAGCUGUGCUUCUCCUCAUAUGUAUUUUUCAUCCAUGUCCAUUCCUUAUUGUACAGAACAUGAUGCACUUCUAUGUACUAAAUAAAAUGGUAUUUAUUGUG